UGGCAGUGGAAUUAGUUUUAUGGUGGGAGAAGAUUGUCAUUCUGUUUGAAAUUUCUUUUGUUUUGUCUUGGAAAUCCUGCAUAUUUUGGGGAAUUUUCUGUCUUUUCCUCUGCUAAAUUGUGAUGAAAAGUCGCAGUGAAUCUAUGGAAAGUAAUACUUCCUACUUAUUUGAGAAAGAGAGGCUGGAAAGUUUCAAAAAUUGGGACUUUAGUAGGAGCAAAACAUGCAACGAAAAAAAGAUGGCCGAAGCGGGAUUCUUCUGCAUCGGCUGUGACUCAGCGGCGUGUUUUAUGUGCGGGAAGGAGCUGGACGGUUGGGAAGAACAAGACGAUCCAUGGGUAGAACAUAAGAGGCACGCUCCACAGUGCCAAUUUGUUAAAAAUUGGAAGAAAGAAGAUGAUUACACGGUGAAGGAAUUUUACUUGUUAUUGGAGAGCUUCCUGAAGAAUAAACUGGAAAAAGCACACCUGGACGAUAUCAUGAAGCUCAAUGAAGUUAUGGAUAAGAUGAGGGCUCAGAUUGUUAAAAACUUUCAACCUUGACUUGCCCAAAACGUAAAUAAAAUUCAUAUUUUCUAUUCUAUUAAAUGCAAA